AAUGUUGUAAUGUAUACCCUUUCAUUCAUUUUAUCUUUUAGAGUGUUUCAAAGAGGAGACUUUUGGAUCGGGGCAGACGUUUUGAAAAAUGACACCAAAUUACUUGUAAAUGCAAGUGCUGAUAUUUUCAUCGGGAUGCCAAAGAUAGAAAUUAUGCUUACAUCCAUUUUUCUGGACGAAUGGAACACUUAUAUACGUAUGACCUUAUCAGCAUCGCCUACAAUUAAAUUUAAAGUUUUUGGCAAAGAAUAUUCCAUUACCUUCAAAAGUCUUCUUACAUCCGAAAUGAAUUUGUAUUUAUCAGUUGGAGGUCCUCAGCGAGUAUGGUGUGGGGAAAAAGCCAACCCUCCAGGAGUUUUCUUUUCCUUCCUUCUCGAAAUCAAUCCUUUUAAGGAUGUUCCAUUUUUAUCGGAAUGGGGUGUAGCUAAUAUUCACGAAGCCUAUGGAUUCGUUACAUACGAGCCCCCACAAGCGGUUGUUGACAUCAAUAUUAAAGAAGAUAUUCUAAACUUUAGGGAUAUACUAGAUCGACUUAAAGGUCGCUUCAAAAUAGAACUUAAAAAAUUAGGCAUAAUAUUUAGGAACACCACAUUGGUGAUUGCUCAUGAUAUUGAAGUAAACUUUGAAUCUAUGAAGAGACUUGUAAAUGACUUAUUAGAUGACAUUCUAUCAGGCGACUGGAAAGCAAAGAAACGUCUUGUUGAACAGCUAUGGCAAGAAUACCAAAAGGUGGAACAUAGGAUUAAAUUAUUCUUUGACGAUACAGAAUUUAUCGCUCAAAAUGCUUUCAAAAAUUUUACAAAUAUCAUAAAAGAUGAAAUAGAUUUUGUAAAAACUAAUCUUAAGAAUGCCAUGGAAAAAGUGACAAAUUCUUUGGUCAUAAAGAACACGAGAGAAUCCGGAUAUACAGGUUUCGGGUUGAAGUACACGACUAAAGUUCAAUUUCUUGGUCUUAAAUUAGGCGAAUUCGAUUUAGAAUUUGUUGAUUCUGUCGAGCAUCUUUUUAAAUGUAGUCGUUUUGACACUAUCAGUAAACAUUUUGAAGGCAAAAAAGCUGUAAGAUUUAUAGGAAGGGCAUCACGUAUAUUUGUUUUUUAUGUAUUCAUAAAAAUUCAUCUUGGUGCCGGCAUAGGUGGCGCUUUGUCAGCAGAUAAAGAUAAAUUUGCUCUACAACUUGAGACAUAUGCUCAGUUUUUAGGAAUGAAAGCAACAACUGACCUAUUUAUCACCAAUAAAGGAUUAUAUCUCUAUAUGGAAGGUAAUGUUUGGGACAUUUUCUUGGCACAGUUAGAUAUUUCUGCAGAAAUGAAAUCAGAGUGGCAUCACAUUGUAUACAAAGUAAGUGGUCGUUUUCUAGCAAAAAGCAGAAAAAGGCGUCAAAUUCAGACCAGAAGCGAAUCAUUUCAAGACAGCUAUUUAGAUGCCUUGAAAAAAGUAGUUAACAAGAUUGCAGAUAUGGCGACAAAACGCUUAAGCCAAGCACAAGAAGGCCUCAAAGCUGCACAUGGAGGACUUUCAAAAGCUCAAGACUGGCUUGAAGAGAAGAAAUCAGUUGUAAAAGGUGCAAAUGAAAAGUUUGAUAGAGCUGUUGCCGCACUAGAAAGAGCAAAGGACAAGCUAGAUGAUGCCAAGAAACCAUUUGAAGAAGCAUUAAGGAAACUCAGUGCUGCUCAGAGGAAGGUCGAUAAUCUAUGUAAAAUUCGAUCUUGUAAAAAGUUGUGUAUACCAGGAGUAAAAUGUAGAAUUUGCCGAAAAAAGGUUGGAUGGGUUAAGAUUCCAUAUCCGUGCUGUAGAUUUACAAGCUGUAUGAUUAAAGUUCCAGAUCCAAUAUGUGUUGCUGCAAACUUGGCGUGCAGAGUUAUACGAGGAGCUGCUUAUUUAGCUUUGGAGGCAGCCAAGAUAUUUGUAAGAGUUCCUAUGCUUGCAUUUGAUGUAGCAAAAGCAGCGGUAUCAGUAGCCCAGUUUGUUGUUGAUAAGUCACGUGUCGUGUUGGAUGUUGCUGUUGGUUUGCUCGAUGUUGCCAAAUUAGGAUUAGAAUUUUCAAAAGGUGUUCUUGAAGCAGCAAAGGCAGUUCUUGAGGGAGUUAAAAUCGCUAUCGGUGUUGCUGCUAAAAUUCUCGAGUUUGUAAUAGAUUUUGGACUGAAAAAUUUGCUUGACGUCAGAAAUUGUGGUUUUAAUGUGGAAUUGUCGACCCAUGACCUACCGGUAUUUGAUAUUUUUUGCGACGUAAAUGCUUUCCGAUUAGGUUGGAAAACUAUCACAAUAAGAAUAAACUUUAAAAAUCUAGUGCAAAGUUUAUGGAAUGCGGCAAGAGCAACAAUUGACAUGCUUAGUAAAUUGAUUGGUGGUUUCGGAAGAAGACGUAGAGAGCUAGAAUUUAAAGCGUCUGCUAAAAUGCACGCAUAUAUUAGAAAAAUCAGAGAAGCUAAUUUUGACAACGGUACCUAUCGGUUUUCAAGUGUAAGCAAAGAAUUCAUAGAUAUUGUUGAUGAAAUUCUUGGAUUUAAUAAUCAUAGUAAUACUGAUUAUGAAAGUAGGUCAAUAAUUUUCAAAGAAAAAUGUAAAACGACCGCUCAUGUAAUGAAAUUUAUGAACGAUGCGUUAGGAUCAUUGAAUGAAGUUGUGUAUGAAUCCAGAAAGUACAUGGAUGAAUUAGCCAUUCUUAACGAUCAGCUUCAACAGUUUACAAUCGAAGGCCUUGCGGAAAAUAUGACAUUAGAUAAUGCAGGAAUAAGUAAAGAAUAUGCAGAACGAGAUUAUAACAUGACAGAAGAUGACCUGAAUAGAGCAUUAAAUGAAUCAAAAGCUGCCCUUGCUGAUGACCCGCUUCUCAGGGAAAUAAAUUCAUCAGCUUCAAUGGCAAUGGAUUCAAUGAAUGCAGAAAAAAAGUCAACAGAGUCAAUAAAUUUUCUAGAAAUUUGGUUGGAUGAAAUGUCAAACAUUUCAAGCGAGUAUUUCAAUGCUUCACAAUGUAAUGGAUUCAAAGACUGCGUCCUAUAUGCUGUUUCCGAAUUAUAUACUUCAUUUGAAGAUGAGGAUAUUCCAAAUGUAGACAACAUCCGAAAAGCUAUUCUUGAUUUAGAAUUCAUUCUAAUAGAAUUAUUCCAAAACCAGUCGUCAUUGAUUGAAGAAUCGGCAGCCGCAAUGGAUAGUAUCAUGUCAAACAUAACAUUUAUCAACGAAGCUAACCCAUUCUGCUCAGAAGCACCUAUAUUUCUAACGGAGUUGAAAAAUCAAACAGUACUUAAUGGUACAGAUGUGUUAUUUACAUGCAAUGUUACCGGAUCCCCGUUUCCAAAUAUAAAAUGGUUUAUGGAAGACAACCUAUUACCAAACGAAACAGAGAUGCAAUUGGUGAUUAACAAUGUGACAGUGAAUGACAGCGGCGUUUAUAGGUGUGAGGUUGGAAACGUUGUUGCUAAUCUAACAUCAGCAAACGCCUAUCUUCAAGUCUUUACAUACGAUGACGAUGAAUGCCAAACGGAGAAUGGUGGAUGUGAACAUACUUGUGAAAACUUUGUUGGGUCUUACAUAUGUAAAUGUUUCCAUGGUUACAGACUAAACGAAGAUCGCCAGCAUUGUGAUGAUAUAGACGAAUGCUUGAGUGGUAUGUCAACUUGCGAGCAGACAUGCUCAAAUAAUCAAGGAUCAUUUACAUGCGGAUGUGAAGAUGGUUUUGAGCUGAACAAUGACGGUCAUUCCUGUCAAAGAGAAAAGAGGUUGAUCUUGCACAGUAGUGAUGACAUUGCCAGUGAAUUUCAAUUAAUACGCCAGGAAAUGGAGGAACUGAAAUCAAACUAUUCACGAGAAAUACAGGCGCUAAAAGCAAACCACUCGCAAGAAAUACAGGCGAUAAAAGCAAACCACUCGCAAGAAAUACAGGCGAUAAGAGCAAUGAGUAACGAUCAAGGCUCGACGUAUGUAAGAUGGGGAAAAACAACGUGUGGUGGAAACGGAACAGAAAAAGUGUAUUCUGGAUUUACGGCAGGUACUCCGAAUGAUUUGAAUGGUGCUGGAAGUAAUCUCUGUCUCCCCCAACAUCCUACUUGGGCAAAAUUUAAAGAUGGUAUACAAGACAUUGGUGGUAAAAUUUCUGGUACAGAGUAUCAAAUUUAUCAGUCUUUUCAACCAUUUCCAAAACUGAUGGAUGAUGAAGAUGUCCCAUGUGUUGUAUGUAGAAGUCCAAGACCUACUACUUUAAUAAUACCCGGGAGAAAGGAUUGCUAUUCAGGGUGGACAAUAGAGUAUGUCGGUUAUCUUAUGUCCGGAAACAGUGCACAUACCGGAAAUGCAGAUUAUGCCUGUGUCGACAUUGACCCAGAAGCUGUUUAUCACGGAGAAGCAGAUCUGAACGGCAAACUAUUCUAUUUUAAUGAAGUUAAGUGUGGAUCCCUACCGUGCCAGGAGUAUCCAGAUGGACGAGAGCUUGCAUGUGUUGUAUGUUCUAAAUAACUUUAAGUUAGAGAAAUAAAUGUACUCAAACAUACUUGUUUAUAAAAUUUAAAAUGCUUUAAGUGCAAUAUGGCCUAUGUCUCUAACACGAACAUACUGUUCAUUCUUUAGACUGGCAAACUCGAGUUUUAUGACAAUGAAAUAAUGGUUUAAUAACCUGUUAUGUGUUAAGUGGUGCUGAAGAUAUAUGCCAUAAAAGUAGCAAAAUAAAAAUAUUAAGUAGUAUUUUGACUUUACACUGAAUACUCAAUCACUUUGACCAUUAGCAUUGCCAAAAAAAUGUUCUUAAUAACUUUAAGUUAGAGAAAUAAAUGUACUCAAACAUACAUAUUAAUAAAAUUUAAAAUGCUUUAAGUGCAAUAUGGCCUAUGUCUCUAACACGAAUAUACUUUUCUUUCUUUAGACUGGCAAACACGAGUUUUAUGACAAUGAAAUAAUAAUAGAAAUAAUGAAAUAAUCUGUUAUGUGUGAAACAUCUGAAGAAAGUGGUGCUAAAGAUAUAUGCCGUAAAAGUAGCAAAAUAAAAAUAUUAAGUAGUA